UACCACGGCAUACACUUCUGGCUGGUUGUGCCCACUCGCAGAGAUAUCUCGAGAGCUCCGCCGGAAAAAAAAAUGGCGGGAGUAACUUGCCGGAUACUUUUCAACUUGCCGUCAAAUCUGAUGUGCUCUGCUCAGAGGGUGUAUCCACCGCGAUGUUGCUCUGGUUCGCCGGAAAAGAAGAAAACUCCGGCAGUCGUGAAAUGGGCUGUCGGUGGAGUCACGGAACUGAUUCGGCUGUUCUCCGCAACCGAUCAGAACAGAUUGAGAGAAGCUAGCUACAGAUCAAAGGACGAGAUUAUCACUGUUCGAAAUUCUGAUGACUUGAUGAUGAUUCUGAAGUCGGAUUACAAAAAUGCUUACUUCGUCACAGAUUCCGAAAUUGCUUGUUCUUUGGAAUCAGGAGUCUUCACAUCUGCAAUUUAUGCGGACGAUUGUAUCUUUGAAGACCCUACAAUCAGUUUUAAGGGCACAGAGUUGUAUGAACGCAACUUGAAAUUACUGGUUCCUUUCCUCGAAGACCCAUCGAUCGAACUGAAAAAGAUGGAGAAGGGUGAUGAUGGGUCGGAAAGAAACUACAUACUCGCGACAUGGAAGCUAAGGACAUACCUGAAACUUCCAUGGAAGCCGGUGAUAUCCAUCAAUGGAAGCACGGUGUAUGAACUAGACAGAGGCUUCAAAAUUGUCAGGCACGUGGAGAGCUGGGAUGUAUCUGCGGUUGAAGCCAUCAGACAAAUAUUCAGAUCCUCCUCAACUCUUGGAACUUGAUCUGACUGAAGUUCGACCCGUCAAAGUCUAAUAAUGUCUUCAUAGGAUAUCUAAGUUGUGGAUUCUUUCCUUCGUCCGAGGGUGAAGAGUUCGGGAUUUUUCAUGAUGUGAUAUGAAUCACUUGAACUGCUUACUGUCGGGACAAGUGAGGAAGCCUAUGCCAUGAUAUUAAAACCUCUGCCAUGCCAUGUCUUCAUAGGAUAUCUAAAAUGUAAAUUUUGUCCGAGAAUAUAAAAUUUUUAAAAAAUGAAACCUCAUGUUCGCUUUUAA